GCUUACUGUUUAUGUGUAAUAGGAGUGUAUUUGAGUUAAAACUUCACUUUCAACCGACACUUCCGGGUCCGUUCUGACCUGCUAUUGGCUGAGACUUCAUUUGUACCUUCCCAUGGCGGCGAUGCGGGGAAUUUAAACAUGGCUGAAGCGGGACGUGAUAGUGAUGUUGAGAUUAUUGCACUGAAUCGAACAAUCCCACCUUCCAAACGAAGGCGUAUCCUCGAACCUUCAGCCAUCACGCCUGCGCCCAUUUACUUCAAUAAGGUCACCAGGAGCCGUCAAAAUAAACCAACCUUCUUCGCAAAAAAAAAGUGCACAGAUGUCAUUGAAGAAGUCAGGCAGUGGCCUUCAUCUCUGUCCAGGAGUAAAAACAAGCCAUUCAGCAUAAACCUGAGUGACUCUGAUGAGGAACCAAGACCAGAUCAACCUCAAUAUCUCAACCAGAAACUGGAUGCACUGAGCUCACUCCUGUGUUUAUCACCCAAAAGACCUGAAGAUAUUCUAGACUUCAGUGUCUGUUCCUCUGGAAAAAACAACUGCAAUGAUGGCAAGGAUGACAUUAUAAUCGUUUCCUCUGAGGAUAAACAAAAAAGACACCCAGCCAAACCUAAGUGCAGAAAACGCACCCAAGAAAUCUUACUGAAAUUUCGCUGGCAACAGGAAAUGCACAAAGUUUCAGUGCUUUCAACAGAUCCUCUGAGCAAGGCUGUAGCUCAGUUAUCUGUCAAACUUAAAGUCCCACCCUCUAAAAUACUGCUAUUGAGGAAUGCUGCUAAGCUUCCUGUGCACUCCACAAUCACACAGUUAGAUCUGGGCACUGCAGACAUCAUAGACUGUCUUUUGAUAACUGACAACAAAGAAGAUGAAAGCAGCUGUGAUGUCAUCACCGUGCGACUGCAGGGCAAAGAAAAGGGAUCUGCAAAGGAAUAUUCCUUACAUAAGAAUGCUCCUCUGGGUUCCGUCCUGUCUCAGUACACUAAAGGUCUGUCUGCUGUUUCUAAGCACAGGGUCAAAUUUCUCUUCGAUGGGUUAAAGGUGAAACUCCAUCAGACACCUUCACAGCUGGAUAUGGAGGAUGGUGAUGUAAUUGAUGUCUGGGCCUAAUUUUUACAACAGUGUUGUUUCAUAUCAGUUGCCUCAUUUGCCUUUAUAUAAUUAUUGAGGUUUAGAUUUGAGUAUGUUUGUGUAGAUAAUGCUGUCUAAUUUAAAAUCUACAUAUUUAUUCAUUUUAUAAUCGUGUGUAUAGUUAGUUUUUUUAGUUUUUUUUAGUGACUAAUAAAAGACUUGCUGUAAUACAUUGUCUUGUUGAAUCGGUCUGUGUUAACUGAAAUUAAGCAAAAGUAUAAGUACUUUUGGAAGGGCAAAAAAGGUGUGCAGUUUAAAAUGAUCACUGACUGGGUUGAUUAUCUAUUUGAUGAAUGAUUUGAUAUGCUAAUUUGUCCGAUUAAAUGUUUUGUUUUAGAAGUUACUCUAACUCAAUCAGAGAAAACAUUACAAAUUAGGAUUAAAUCUUUAAAAACAAAUAUAUAUAUUCACCAGGCCAUCCCAAAUCUUUUGCCAUCUACAGCCUAGAUUCAUUUUAUGCAUAUAUCUGAAUAUAUAAAUAUUAAACUAUUUAUUAGAGACCUAGUUUUACAAAUUAGGCCCCUUGUUAUUGUCAAAAAUUGUUAUUGUCAUGCUUCUGUGUGUCAUCGUCAAUUAAUCAUGUGAUUUGUAUUUGCGUCUACACCUCAAUUGUUGAGUCUAUACUCGGCUCUUCCAUCACCAUUUGGUACUCUGCUAUACCAUUUGGUAUGUUGCAGCCGAUUACCUUCUCAGCAGAUAACCGGCUGCAAUCUACCACCUCUUCAGGAUCUGUACACUUCCAGGACCCCGAAUAGGGCAGUUAAGAUUGUGGCUGACCCUUCUCAUCCUGGGCAAAAUCUCUUUGAUGCACUUCUAUUUUGCGGAAGGCUGCGGUCUAUAAACAACUUUUGCUUCUGUUUCUUUACAUCUGCAACUGGCCUAAUCAACAACAUCCAGGACCCAGCAUGGUCUGUUAUUCACCUUUUGUACCUUAAUAAACUACCCUACCACUUCUCAGACACAUCACAUUAAACAUUCACAAAUCUGA